AUGGCAUCUGCGGCUCAAGAGAUUCGGAUACUCUUCAAGGGCCCAGGUGAUCGCUUAUUCGUGACCUAUAAACCGCUAGGAUGGUACCUGUCUGCGCCUCCUGGUAAGACAAAGUGCGGCAACUCGCUAGCGGCUAUAAUCGCAGCUAAGCUGGGAUUUACUGCAGAAUGUAUCAAAUUCUCAAGUAAACUUGGUCUAAACCAGCGAGGACUGGUCAUUGGAGCCACCGACGAUGGCAUGUACAAUCAGCUCAAUCGCUACGUCGAACAAGGGCUGUGCACCAAGACCUACAAGUGUAUAAUCCGAGCAAACAACAUGUAUAACGUAUGGUCAGAUGGUGAAUUCCCCAUGAAACAGGCCCUCAAACGCUUCAGUUACCGAUAUGGAAGCUCCGAAGGUACCAUCAACUUUCAUCUCCACAAGUGUCCAGACACGCUCUCCCUUAGGAGUUUGGGCAAUGACCUCGGAAACUACAUUCGCCUUGGAUCCUCCAAGACCAAAUCACAAUUCAUAUCAAAGUCCAGUGCCGUCUAUGCACGAGUCUGCAAAGAGGAUGGACCGCAUCGCAUGGAAUAUAGAAUCACAAAUCUCAGAGAUCACUUGCGCAAAUUGAUGGAAGAAGAGAAUAUAGAAAUGCCAAAAGGGGUAAACUACUCUCAAUUCAGACUCCUGGAAAUCAAAAUUAGCGAUAAUACUGUAGACCGCCACCUGCUCGAAAUCAUGUCAUCCCUGGGAAUAGAUCCAGUAGGAAUGCCAAGCACAAGGUUGAAAUUUCUUGAACAUGUAGGAGUUAAACAUUAUCAAAAUGGCUUACUCAUGGAGCUGUGCGAAAUUGAGUUGCCACAUCCAAUUUACAAGAUGAAAACCAUCCAGGUCAGAAUGUCCAACGAGGACUUUUCAAAGUUUUUACAUUUGCUAAAUCACUAA